AUGAUGAGUGCUGAGCUCAAUGUGCCUGUGGACCCCUCCACCCCCGCCUGCCCUGAGCCUGGCCACAAGGGCAUGGAUUACCGGGACUGGGUCCGCCGCAGCUACCUGGAACUGGUCACCUCCAACCACCACUCCGUGCAGGCCCUCUCCUGGAGGAAGCUCUACCUGAGCCGGGCCAAGCUGAAAGCCUCCAGCCGCACCUCUGCUCUCCUCUCAGGCUUUGCCAUGGUGGCCAUGGUGGAGGUGCAGCUGGAGACGCAGUAUCAGUACCCCCCACCCCUGCUCAUCGCCUUCAGCGCCUGCACCACGGUGCUGGUGGCCGUGCACCUCUUCGCCCUGCUCAUCAGCACCUGCAUCCUGCCCAACGUGGAGGCCGUGAGCAACAUCCACAACCUCAACUCCAUCAGCGAGUCGCCGCACGAGCGCAUGCACCCCUACAUCGAGCUGGCCUGGGGCUUCUCCACCGUGCUCGGCAUCCUGCUCUUCCUGGCCGAGGUCGUGCUGCUCUGCUGGAUCAAAUUCCUGCCCGUGGAUGCACGCCACCAGCCGGGCCCCGCACCCGGCCCCGGAGGCCACACCGGCUGGCAGGCCGCCCUCGUGUCCACCAUCAUCAUGGUGCCCGUGGGUCUCAUCUUCGUGGUCUUCACCAUCCACUUCUACCGCUCGCUGGUGCGCCACAAGACCGAGCGGCACAACCGCGAGAUUGAGGAGCUGCACAAGCUCAAGGUGCAGCUGGAUGGGCACGAGCGCAGCCUGCAGGUGGUGUAA